AUGGAAGCAGAGUGCGAGAAUUGCAGCCUCUACACGGAGCUGAACACCAGCCUUUACAGCAAUGACACGAGAAAUGUCACGCUCAUCAACAAGUUUUAUUUCUAUCAGAACGCCCAGCUGGCGGUGUUAUGGGUGUUGUUGGUGGCGAUCGUCGCGGGAAAUGCGACGGUGGUGCUUGCUCUAUUUCUCACCAAAUCCAGGAAGAGCCGAAUGAAUUUCUUCAUCAUGCAACUUGCUAUAGCUGAUUUAUGGGUCGGGUUAAUAAGCGUUCUACCAGAUUUAAUACAACGGGUAACGAUUUCUUGGUUCGCUGGUUCGUUGGCCUGCAAAUUGAUGAAAUAUUUACAGGGUGUAGUUACAUAUUCAUCGACUUACGUUUUGGUCGCGUUAAGCGUAGACCGCUGUGAUGCGAUCACACAUCCGAUGAAUUUCACUGGAAGCUGGCGUCGUGCGCGAGCGUUGAUAGUCGGCGCGUGGCUACUGAGCUUUUUAUUCUGCGUUCCGAUGCUGUUUCUCUUCGAUGAAGCUGACAUUGAAGGAACUCUUCAAUGCUGGUCCAGCAUCAACGAAACCCAAUGGAGGAUAUGGAUGACCAGUGUUUUCUUGUCACUAUUCGUUGCGCCUGCGCUCACGAUAUCUGCGUGUUACGGCGUUAUCGUUGUGACGAUACGACAGAAAAGUCGGCGGGUUCUCGGCAAAAGAGCAGCGGCGACACGUCAAUAUAGUGAUGACUUGGACAGUCGACGAGCGAGCAGCCGUGGUAUUAUACCCAAGGCCAAGAUAAAAACAGUUAAAAUGACAUUCGUGAUCGUAUUUGUAUUCGUCCUCUGCUGGUCACCGUACAUGAUAUUCGACCUCCUUCAAGUCUACGGCUACGUCCCCGAUACACAAGUGAACAUAGCCAUCGCAUCACUCAUCCAGAGCCUCGCACCACUAAACUCAGCUGCAAACCCUGUCAUUUACUUCAUCUUCUCCAACAGGAUAUUCAUUAGUCUCCGCAACAUUCCUCCGUAUAAAUGGCUAUGGUGUUGGAUGAAGACUGGUGACAGUUCCACGGUGAACGAGUCGAGGGCUCACACCGAACUACUGACGUCAUCACACCGACGCACCAGACAUGAACUAACUAUCAGACUAAAGGACGACAGUGUUAAGAAUCCAAAGCAGCGUCUACACCAGUGCAACAGUAAUUCCCGUAAAGUAAGACUUCACCUGCCGGAGACACAACUUCAAAUGAACAAUAACUGCCAUUCGCAGGGAACAAGAAGGCCAGCUGACACGUUUCUGUAA